AUCAAUCACUACUUCGCGGUCUUGUUUGAGUAGACAGAUUUUGGGCAGAGUGAACCCUCUCGCUUCGCGUCUUCCUCUCUGUCGCGAAUCAGCUGAUCAGGAACUCACCAAACUGUAGUAAACGUGACAGUACGAUGGAAAUUGGCUAUAUCAGAUCGAGUUUUGCCAUGUUUGGGAUGUCAAGAUCAUCACGAACACCCCCUGUAUUCUUCGCUUUUUGUAAUUCAGUCAUGCUCGGAGUCGACAACUAAUAGAUUCGUGGACAAAAGAAAACGGUGUCGAGUAUUGAGGUGCCGGCCAGCGCAGUGCAGGAAUGGAUCCUCUGGGAGCACGCUCUCAGUUUGUGGAGGUCCAGACUCUGUCCACCUGGGAGUGGCAGCUGGACCCUGAGGGAGAGGAGAAGGAGUACAACUUCAGCCAGCAGGCCUUCCUAUCCCCCUUUCCCUACAGAGAGGACAUCAACAGGAAAAUAGUGCUCUAUAAUGGCAAUGUUGCCCUGCUGAACUGCACAGCGAUCGUAAACACGAGUAAUGAGACUCUGACGGACAAGAACCCUAUCUCUGAGAGCAUCCACACUUACGCUGGGCCUGAACUUCGAGACGAGAUGCUCAAACUGAAAGGAUGUCGGACAGGCGAGGCAAAGAUGACCAAAGGCUUUAACCUGGCGGCACGCUUUAUCAUCCACACGGUGGGCCCCAAGUACAAAACCAAGUACAGGACGGCUGCUGAGAACUCUCUGUACAACUGCUAUAGGAACGUCAUGCAGCUCGCCAAAGAGCAGGCUAUGGCAUCUGUGGCCGUCUGUGUGGUCAGCACAACUAAGAGAGGAUACCCACUGGAGGACGCCACACACAUUGCCCUCAGAACGGUCCGCAGGUUUCUGGAGAACUAUGGAGAGAGCAUAGAGACGGUGGUGUUCGCUGUGACAGACACAGAAGAGCCCACAUACAGGAAACUGCUGCCUCUCUACUACCCUCGUUCUGAGGAAGAGGAGUGUGCCAGCCUGCCCCUAAUCCCGACUGACAUCGGGAACUCUGAAGGUGAGCCUGUAGUCCCAGAGAGACAGAUCCGCAUCGCCGAGAAUCCAGGCUGUCUGGAAGUUGACUCUGAGGCAGAGACUCUAGACUCAGACCUGGGCCAGGUGGGGACUCAUGCAUUUUCCCGGAUGGAGGGAGACGUGGACAAACAGCGCAAACUAAUCCUGCAGGGCCAGCUGUCUGAUGCAACCAUGCAGAAACAGCACCAGAGAAAUUAUAACCGCUGGUUAUGUCGAGCCAGAGCAGAGGACUUGUCUGACAUAGCAGCACUGAAAGCCUUAUAUCAAACUGGUGUUGACAUGUGUGGCAGGACAGUGAUGGUUCUUGUGGGCAGAAAUAUUCCUGUCACCCUCAUCGACAUGGAAAAGGCCCUGCUGUACUUCAUCCAUGUCAUGGACCACAUCACAGUGAAGGAGUAUGUGAUGGUUUACUUUCACACUCUGACCGGAGAACACAACCAUCUGGACUCUGAAUUCCUUAAGAAGCUUCAUGAGAUUGUAGACACGAAGUUUAAGAAUAACUUGAGGGCUUUCUACUUUGUACACCCCUCUUUUCGCUCUAAGGUGUCCACCUGGUUCUUCACUACAUUCAGUGUGUCAGGGAUGAAGCAGAAGGUCCAUCAUGUAGAGACCCUCCAGCAGCUGUUCACCUGUAUCCUGCCUGAACAGAUAGAUAUCCCUCCCUUUGUCCUGGAGUACGAUGCACGGGUGUGAACCAAUCAGAACUCCAGCAGAGAGAGAGAGAAAAGCCAAGGACUAUGAGGGUGUUUCUCAAAAUGCAUACUUCCAUAUUCCACGCAUAUAGGCGCACAGGAGGGUUGAAGUAUGAGUCCAAAUCAAAGUAUACGAAAUAGCACCGAAGGCACUUCUUGAAUGCACACUCCGUUUUGUACAUAUUUUGAAGUAUGCAUUGAUGCUAGCUUCAAUGGAAAGUAUUAAGGAAAUAUGAUGCAACAACGUUAGAAAUGAUGGAGAAUUUCCUGAAAUCAUUGGUGGCCAUUAUUUUAGCUGAAGCAGAGUAAAUACACUCCGACAUGUUGCCUAUUCACAUCUCAAAUGUUUCCUGACUACAAUACUUUAUCAUUAUAUGUUAAUAAAUACAUGCUGUGUUAAUUUUGGCAUGUUUAACUGCCUACGGACCGUAGAUAACAAGCACAUAAGUCAAUAGGGCUAACUGGCUAGCUACCACUGUUAGCCAGCCAGAUAGCUACAAAUAAUUUACAUAUUGCAAAAUAUUAGCUUUAGGUCAUUUUUGCCUGUUAAUGAAGUAUCUGGUUAGCUACAUUUACGAUUCUCAUAUCUAGCUGAUAAUUAUAAAGUAAAAUGUUGCUUUGUGAAUAUCUUGUUUUGUCUUGUUGCCAUUGUGGCUGGAAGAAGGUUCUGUGAUGGAGGUAAAGCGUGAGGUAAUACAGUAGGGGGAGUGUGAGUGCUUCUCAGAUGUGAUGUGUUAUGCAUUCUCCACACUCUCGUCCUCAUAAGAACGUACUCAAUGCGAGUGAGAGUUUGGAGCACGGUAGUAUGCAUAUUGAGAAACACCCUGAGACUCAUUCUGCAUUCAUAUCCAAGUGAGAAGGUUUCUACCACAUACGACUGGGAAAAAUCCACUUGAAUGCCCCUCCAACUGGUAAUUACUAGUGGGAACCUUGUCUAUCACCCCUGUGCUCCAACCACAUAAUUUCCAGCAGAUAAAUGCAACAACAAAGCAGUAUAUAUUAAUAUGGUUUGUGAACUCUCACUUGUUUACAAGCAUAAUAGCUGUACUUUUAAUUUAUGGUUGAGGCAGCUGGUUUGCUAUAAAAAAUAGUUGCACACUAUGAACUCCCAGUAAUUUAUUGGGUAAACCAACGUUUUGGCAUCCCUGUGCCGCCUUGACCUAGUUCAAGCAUUCAUGACAUUACCCUUUAUGUGGACAAACGGUGCAACCAAUGACAACAGUGAGGGGUGUGUCAGGGUUACUAGGUUGAUUAGAAUGAAUUGAGUGACACUGUUAAGACCAUAGUUUACAGCAUGAAUAUAUUAGGCUAUUAUCAUAU